CUCACCUCGACCACCAGCGAACACUACGAGCCAUUGCACAGCACACGCCGCAGCUCAAACACAACCAUGCAGCCCACACUCCGCAGGAUGGGUCCGCCCAAGUACGCGGAGAUGCCGAACCACCCCAUCAAGAUCCACCCCGUCCGCCCGCUCUACAGAUUCGUAGCUACAGGUCUCGGCGCCUCCAUGUGGUUCUUCUUGAUGUACCGCGCGAAGAAGGACGGCCCGGCCCUGCUCGGCUGGAAGCAUCCCUGGGACCACUGAACGAAUCUACGAGGGGGGGCGGAAGAAACCGAAAUUGGCAUAGGAAAUUCGAAGCGCGAAUCGGCAGCAUUGUACAUAUGCAAGUGGCAGACUACAGAUGUGCGGGAUGACGCACAAUGUCCCAGCAGGAGAAUGAAAAGUAGAACACAUCACAAAGAAAGCCCUACUCCAUUACGAAGCCAGGGUUAUUAUGCGGUCGCUAUAACAACACCGCCAAAAUUGCUGACCACCGUCAAUUAGUGACAUUUGAUUGGCUGAGCAGAGUCAAUCACUAUAGACUGGAGAUUCUCUCGCAGUUUGAUUCAUACGUGCAUAGCUAUGAAGGAUUUCUUUGUAAUGCCUGC